AAACGCCCAGGAUAACUUUCCAGGGUAAUGAGACGCGAACAAAGAGGAGUCUGCAAUAACUUAAUAACUCAUCAAAUCUGUCUCUUUCCAGUGUGCUGGCAAACGCGAGCCCGAGAAGGAGGUGGAAGCCCAGGCCUGGAUCGAGGCAGUCAUCGGGGAGCGGUUCCCUCAAGGGGUGCCGUAUGAGCACGCGCUUCGUGAUGGCAUCAUCCUCUGCAAGCUGAUGAACCGUCUGCAGCCCGGCAUCAUCACCAAGGUCAACGUGUCGGGAGGCGACUACAAGUUCAUGGACAACAUCAGCCAGUUCCAAAAGGCGUGUAUCAAAUACGGCGUACCUGACACGGACCUCUUCCAGACUACAGACCUUUGGGACCAGAAGAACAUCGCUCUAGUUACCCAGACCAUCUUCGCCAUUGGCAGAACGGCGUACAAGCACCCUGAAUGGCGCGGUCCCUGCCUCGGCCCCAGGCCAGCUGAAGAAAACCGCCGCGAGUUCUCCGAAGACGUUCUUCGAGCUGGCGAAACCGUCAUUGGUCUUCAGGCUGGCACCAACAAACUGGCAUCUCAAUCCGGACAGAACUUCGGCGCCUCAAGGAAGAUCAUCCUUGGAAAGUGAAAAGAAGAUUAAAAACUGUCAUAAAACAUUAUAAUGUAUUUUCAGCCAGUGUUAAAAAAAUAAUUGGAUACUGGCCGAAAACCUUUUUGUGUUUUCGUCGCUAAUUUAUUGUUUUUAUUUAGUUUUUUUUUUAUUUAAGGACGUUGUGCGUUAUUGUUUAUUAUUUUAAUCAAAAGUACCUACCUACUAUUAAGUUAGUGUUGGGACUUAUUUACUAAGAUUAUUGUUUUCUCAGACAAUAUAGUAAUUUCCUAGUUUAGUUUGAGCCUUGAUUUGAAACCAUACAGACCAAAAUUAGCUUUAUUCCAAAAUUGGUAGGUACUUUGAUAAACUGUGAUCUCUUUUGGAGGGAUGUGGAGUAAUUAAAAUAUUUAAUAAAAUCCUUUUUACAACAAUUAUAGUUUUGUUAGAACCAAC